AUGAUGGAUGGUACUUGGUUGUCCAUAUAAAUUUUCAAUUAUGUGCUCAUCAAUAAAUUUUUAGGCAAAGGAGCUUUAGCAAUCGUAUACAGAGGUUAUCUUCAAGAAGACAAAACUUUCCAAAUGGCUAUCAAAACAAUAAAAAUAGCUGUAAAUUUGGAACUAUUAAAUUUUAUUAUAGACAAUCCUUCAAAAUCAAAGAAUGGUUGCUUAAAUUAGAAGAGAAAUAAUUAUCCUUUAAAAACUCGAUCAUCCAAAUAUAGUGAAGAUAUUUGAUGUAGCUCGUACAAAUAACUAUUUGUAUAUUGUUCUUGAAUAUUGUGUUAAUANUAUAACAUAUUACACAUUAUAGUUUUUAAUUCUCUUUACCCAAAGAGAUAAUAAAUUUUGGUAUGUAAACAUUACACAACAUUUCUUUGCCUUUAUGCUAUUUAAAAGGUAAAUUUAUGAUUGCAAGCACUUUCUUAUUUACUUCUUAAAAGGCAUGCAUAAAUUCUUUGAUUAAAGUUUUAGGUUACUCUAUUCAACUGUGAGUUAUUGCAUCAAUAACAAGAUCAUAAUCCUUCAAUAAAUUAACUAAAAAGUUCUUAAUUAUUUAACAAUCGACAUUUAAGAGGAUCAUUAGGAUAUAAUAAAACUGCAUCAACUUUCACUAUUCUUUCUACCGAAUAACGAACAUCUACCAAUCAGAAAUAUACGUUUUGAUAAGAUAAACUUUAAAAUCUUAUCCAAAAAUUAAUAUAACUCUUUAUAAAUAGAGCUACACUCUAUCCUCCGAUUUCAGCAAAUUAUGCUUUUGGAUAUCCAUAAUGUUUCCAUUAAAUUUUAAAUCUCAUUUCCUUUAAGGUCAUAUAAAGAUUAUACAGGUAGUGAUGUUAAACUAAUAGCAGAGUUGAGAAAAAUACAAUACUAAUAUUUGUUAAUAUUUAAAUAAUAAAAAUAUAUAUUUGGAUAAACUAAGAGGAUUUAACAUAAACUUGUUGUUAUAAGUUUUUGA